CCCAUCCUUCCACGUCUGAGUCCUCCGCUGUUAUCCUCUAUAUAUAGGAAUCCUUUACUGGUAAGCUGUAACACCUCUCUCUCUCUCUCCAAACUGCAGAGCCAUGAGAAGCCCUGGUGAGGUAGUUCACAAGGUGAACUUCACCACCCCAAGAAACUUCACGACCUCAUUCAAAUCUGAUCUGAAGGAGACUUUCUUCCCAGACGACCCUUUCCGGCAAUUCAAGAAUGAGCCACCGCUUCGGAAAGCGAAGAAGGCAGCCCAGUACUUCUUUCCGGUCUUCGAAUGGCUACCAAAAUACAACUUCCGUCUAUUUCGAUACGACCUGCUCUCUGGAAUCACCAUUGCUAGCCUCGCAAUCCCUCAAGGCAUCAGCUACGCUAAGCUUGCAAACAUACCAUCAAUAAUCGGCCUCUAUUCAAGCUUUGUACCGCCUCUAGUAUACACCAUUUUCGGUAGCUCGAAGGAUCUCGCCGUCGGGACUGUAGCGGCCGCGUCAUUGCUUUUGUCUUCGAUUGUAGGAGGGGUAGUAUCACCCAAAGACGACCCAACAUUGUAUCUUCAUCUAAUAUUCACUGCUACCUUCUUCACCGGUGUCUUUCAGGCAGCUCUUGGUCUCUUCAGACUCGGGAUCUUGGUAGACUUUUUAUCACAUUCCACAAUCACUGGCUUUAUGGGAGGAACAGCGACGAUAAUCUGUCUGCAACAGUUGAAGGGCAUGUUUGGUUUGACGCAUUUUACGUCUAAAACCGAUGUAGUUUCAGUCAUGCGUGCAGUCUUCAGCCAAAGACACGAGUGGAGAUGGGAAAGUGCAGUUGUAGGUUUAUGCUUCCUCGUUUUCCUCCUCUUCACUAGGUUCCUGAAGAAGAAGAAGGAAAAAUUGUUUUGGGUAGCAGCAAUAGCUCCAAUGGUGACCGUGGUAGUGGGCUGCGUUUUCGCUUAUUUGGUUCAUGCAGAGAAGCACGGGAUCCAGAUCGUGGGUGACUUGAGUAAAGGAUUGAAUCCUCUUUCAAUUAAAGCUCUGAACUUUGACUCUAGGUACCUGCCAUCAACCAUAAAAGCUGGGAUCAUUACAGGCAUCUUGGCUCUGGCUGAAGGAAUAGCAGUAGGGAGGAGCUUUGCAAUAGUGAAAAAUGACCAAGUUGAUGGGAAUAAGGAAAUGAUAGCUUUUGGAAUGAUGAACAUUGUUGGUUCCUUUACUUCCUGCUACUUGACUACAGGGCCAUUUUCGAAAUCUGCAGUGAACUACAAUGCGGGAUGCAAGACGGCAAUGUCGAACGUUGUGAUGUCUGUGUGCUUGAUGUUAACUCUUCUGUUCUUGGCUCCUCUCUUCAAAUUCACCCCUCUUGUGGCUCUCUCAGCCAUCAUCAUGUCUGCAAUGCUGGGUCUCAUCGAGUAUGAAAAGGCUUAUCACUUCUUCAAGGUUGACAAAUUUGAUUUCUGCAUUUGUAUGGCUGCCUUCUUGGGAGUCAUUUUUAUUAGCAUGGACAUUGGCCUCCUCUUGUCAGUGGGAAUUUCAGUACUCAGAGCACUUCUAUAUGUGGCUAGGCCUUCUACAUCCAAGCUUGGGAACUUACCUAGCUCAACAAUGUAUGUUGAUGUAGAGCAGUAUCCAUCUGCAACUGAGAUCCAAGGCAUUCUAAUCCUGCAAUUGGGAUCCCCAAUUUACUUUGCCAAUUGUACCUACAUUAGAGAAAGGAUUUCGAGGUGGGUUGAAGAUGAAAAGGAAACUUUGAACUCCAGCAGCAAUGACCUUGACCAUCUUAUACUUGAUUUAGGAGGAGUUACUUCUAUUGACAUGACUGGCAUUGAAAUGUUAUCUGAAGUCUAUAGGAACAUGGAAAGAAGGGGAAUUAAGAUGGCAAUAGUAAACCCCAGGAGAGAGGUGCUAGAGAAGCUGACAUUAUCGAGAUUCAUAGACUCCAUUGGAAAAGAUUCAGUCUUCUUAUCAAUCAAAGAGGCAACUGAUGCAUGCCAUUUCCUUCUUAAUGAAUCAAAGCAGAAGAAUUAGUCCAUGGGAACCUCUGAUGCCACAGAUGGAAAGUCUAUGAAGUUGAUGAUAUAAUCUUGGAAGUAUGAACCAAUAGGUAAAUGGCUAAGCUGAUUAUCUCAAGAGAUGAAUCAAGAAACCUCAUUUUUUAUGAUCAAUCUGUAACUAUGCUCCAGUCAAGAUGAUAGUGCCAUAGUGGUUCAGCCAGGGUGGUUUUCUGGCUGAGUCCUCAUUUCUUGUAUCCUUCUUGUAUGUUGAAAUUAGCUCAAACCCCAAUAGAUGAAGCAACACACUAAUCCAAAGUUUUUCCAGUGCAUCAGUUUUAAGCCACUUCAUGUACUUCCUAGUUUCAUGCCAACCUGAAAACAACGGUUGUAUAAAUAACCACUUUGUUAGGGGGAGGUUUC